AUGUGUUUUAACCCCAUCCCACCUCCACAACACAAACCCAUCCCACCUCCACAACACAAACCCAUCCCACCUCCACAACACAAACUCAUCCCACCUCCACAACACAAACCCAUCCCACCUCCACAACACAAACCCAUCCCACCUCCACAACACAAACCCAUCCCACCUCCACAACACAAACUCAUCCCACCUCCACAACACAAACCCAUCCCACCUCCACAACACAAACUCAUCCCACCUCCACAACACAAACCCAUCCCACCUCCACAACACAAACCCAUCCCACCUCCACAACACAAACCCAUCCCACCUCCACAACACAAACCCACCCCACCUCCACAACACAAACCCACCCCACCUCCACAACACAAACCCAUCCCACCUCCACAACACAAACCCAUCCCACCUCCACAACACAAACCCAUCCCACCUCCACAACACAAACCCAUCCCACCUCCACAACACAAACUCAUCCCACCUCCACAACACAAACCCAUCCCACCUCCAACACACAAACCCAUCCCACCUCCACAACACAAACCCAUCCCACCUCCACAACACAAACCCAUCCCACCUCCAACACACAAACCCAUCCCACCUCCACAACACAAACCCAUCCCACCUCCACAACACAAACCCAUCCCACCUCCACAACACAAACCCAUCCCACCUCCACAACACAAACUCAUCCCACCUCCACAACACAAACUCAUCCCACCUCCACAACACAAACCCAUCCCACCUCCACAACACAAACCCAUCCCACCUCCACAACACAAACCCAUCCCACCUCCACAACACAAACUCAUCCCACCUCCACAACACAAACCCAUUCUACCUCCACAAACCAAACCCAUCCCACCUCCACAACACAAACCCAUCCCACCUCCACAACACAAACCCAUCCCACCUCCACAACACAAACCCAUCCCACCUCCACAACCCAAACCCAUCCCACCUCCACAACACAAACCCAUCCCACCUCCACAACACAAACUCAUCCCACCUCCACAACACAAACCCAUCCCACCUCCACAACACAAACCCAUCCCACCUCCACAACACAAACCCAUCCCACCUCCACAACACAAACCCAUCCCACCUCCACAACACAAACCCAUUCUACCUCCACAACCCAAACCCAUCCCACCUCCACAACCCAAACCCAUCCCACCUUCCGUAACCUAA